AUGGACGGCGGGACUGCGGAAACGGGGGAUGACGGGAGCGAGGCAGCGGCCGCCGGCCUCUGUCUGCAGCUUGACUUCGGGGACACCGAUUCAGCCAAGAAGGUUCAGAUAACAGAGAUGCCGUCCCCAUUUGGAGCGGGCCAAGCUCAUGAGAAGAAGAUUGGCCACAGGAGGGUCGAUGCCUCCGGAGAAACAACAUAUAAGAAAACCACCUCCUCUGCCUUGAAAGGGGCUAUCCAGUUGGGUAUUGGAUACACUGUUGGCAAUCUCAGCUCCAAGCCUGAGAGAGAUGUCCUCAUGCAGGACUUCUACGUGGUUGAAAGCAUCUUCUUCCCCAGCGAAGGCAGUAACCUCACACCAGCCCACCACUACCCAGACUUCAGGUUUAAAACCUACGCCCCUGUGGCCUUCCGCUACUUCAGAGAGCUGUUUGGGAUCCGACCAGAUGACUACCUGUAUUCUCUAUGUAAUGAGCCACUGAUUGAGCUGACAAAUCCAGGAGCGAGUGGCUCCAUAUUCUACGUAACCCGCGAUGAUGAGUUCAUCAUCAAAACUGUCAUGCACAAGGAAGCUGAGUUUCUACAGAAAUUGCUCCCUGGAUACUACAUGAACUUGAACCAGAACCCCCGGACUUUGCUGCCCAAGUUCUUUGGCCUUUAUUGUGUCCAGUGUGGCGGCAAGAACAUCAGAGUUGUUGUGAUGAACAAUAUUUUACCGCGCUCCGUACGCAUGCACCUGAAGUUCGACUUGAAGGGCUCCACAUACAAGAGACGAGCAUCCAAGAAGGAAAGGGAGAAGUCCAAGCCCACUUUUAAAGACCUGGACUUUCUGAGUGAUGUUCCCGAAGGCCUCACUCUGGACCAGGACACGUUCAGCGCUCUGGUCAAAACGCUGCAAAGAGACUGUCUGGUUCUGGAGAGUUUUAAGAUUAUGGACUACAGUUUGCUGCUCGGGGUUCACAACAAGACCCAAGCGGAGCGAGAGCAGCAGUCGCAGGGCUCGCCUGCAGGGGGUGGGGAUGAAAAGAAGCCUGCGGGGCAGAGAGCCUUGUACACCACCGCCAUGGAGUCCAUCCAGGGAGGCUCCACAUGCAGGGACACACUGGACCACGAUGACACGAUGGGUGGUAUUCCAGCUGUGGGAAGUAAAGGAGAGCGCCUCCUGUUGUUUAUUGGAAUUAUUGACAUCCUGCAGUCCUACAGACUGAUUAAGAAACUGGAGCACUCUUGGAAAUCUCUCAUCCAUGACGGGGACACAGUUUCAGUCCACAGACCUGGCUUCUAUGCUGAGAGGUUCUACAAAUUCUGCAGCACAAUUGUCUUCAGGAAAAGCUGCUCUUUGCGAUCGUCUCCAUCUAAGAGAGGGCGAGGGGUGCUCUUGUCCAAGUCCAGCGCUGGAGCCAGUUCAGCUGGGCAUCGUCCUUCACUGACUGACGAUCGGCAGGAAAACUUGGACAACUUGGAGAACCUGAGAGGAGCUCGCAGCUUCCCCAUGCUGGAGGAUAAUGGGAGAGAGCCUCCCUGCACUCCUCCUUCAUUUGAAGACGCUACCACAGCAUCUAUUGCUACCACUCUGUCGUCUAACAACUCACUACCGACCACCCCAUUCGAUACGCCGGAGCACCCGCGCUACAGGAGACAAAUGCAUUCCCCAAACAUGGCCAGGUCGCAAAAAGAGGUAGUUGAGAUUCACGGUGAAAGACAGGACACCAUAACAGUGGAGGUGGAGCUCAGUAAAAUCCCAAAGAGCACAGAGCUCACGCAGAUGACAGAAAAAGCCUCCCCCAGCCAUCUAUCACCUGAGCGUCCGCCUCGAGGCAUCGUUUCAUCCACUCCGUCCUCUAUCAGUCCAUCCUCUGCUCAAUCCUCAGCUACCCUUCCUCCUUCCUUUGUGUCCUCCUCCGCCGCUGCUCAGCCUGCCGGCCAGUCAUCCUCCACACUUUCUUCAUCCAUCCGUCCAUCCACCAAACCGCUCAUCUCACCGACAGCAGCUCAGUCGUCCGCUCUUUCUUCUCCGGUCUCUCAUCCAGCUUCGCCAUCCACACGUCCCACCUCGACCCCAAACAUCUCCAACCUCCCUCCCGCCUCUGCAUUUACUCCUAUCUGCCCGGCAUCUCCUCGCUCCUCCACCCAGACCUCCUCUCACCACCUCCCCUCAACGCCGCCUUCCUCCAUCCCUCCCAGCCCUCAGGUGCCUCAGCAGGCGCCGCAUAUGUCGUGCAAUCAGCUGUCUGUGUCCAGCAGCCACAACUCAUUGGACGGGGAGGUGCAGGUUUCCGACAUAUACUUUUACGCAGACGGCAGAUAUUGGGUGUACUCUCCAGUUCUUGGCCGUCGUAAGCUAAACUCUAGCUCAAGUUACAAUCAGACUCAGGAGGAUCGGAGCUGGGUGUACUCUCCUCUGCACUGCAGCUCAGAGUCCAGAAGGGGCUCAGACGGGGAGAGUGAGACA